AUGGGAUGUAUUACGUCUAACUUAAGCGACAAAGCUGAUUCUAUCGAUUCGCAGUCAGAAUUUCAAUACGUUGAUGCAAAUAAUGAUGAUGAACAUUUUAUGAUAAGAUAUAUUUGGCAAAGCAACUUUUCUGCUCCCAUCGAACAUAUUAUAUCUAAAUCAGGAUCCAAAAUUCUAGAUGUUGGGUGCGUAAAUGUUAUGGUAGUUUUUGAGUGA